AUGUCAACUAAUGAACCUGAGCCUCAAGCUUUCAUUGGAAUGAUAAAUAAUGAAAAGGCCAGUGUCUCCUCUGAGUGGUGGUUGGAGAGUGGUGCUACCUGUCAUAUUACAAAUGAUAGGAAUUUACUUAUUGAGGUCAUAGAAGUGAAAGACACAGUGGAAAAUUGCAGUGGUGAUGAGACAAAUGCGACUCAUGUCGAAACUGCAAAUUUGGUGCUUUCUUCAAAAUCUAGAAAUGCAGAAUUCUUUGAGAAUGAGUUUCUCAAAGAUCAUGGUUUGAGUGCUUCAGGUUCUACAGACAUGAUUUUAGAAUCUCCUAUAGAAUCUGAAGCAAGCCCUUCUGACACUAACCCUACACAACUGGUUGUUGAAUCAGUUCCAGUUAGAGCAGAAGCCAUAGAUGAUGAAAUGAGCUCUCUGUUGCAGAAUUUUACUUGGCAGUUAGUCAAUUUACCGAAAAGGGAUAAGGUUAUAGGCUUGAGUGACAUGAAAGCUAAUUUAACUAAAGAAUUUGACAUGAAAGAUUUUGGUAUUACUAAUACCAUUCUUGGUAUGAAAGUAAGCUUUGAAAGUUGCACUAAACCUAACAUAGCCUUUAUAGUUGGCAUGCUGAGUCGUUUCACUAGUAAUCCUAGUAAAGAGCAUUGGGAUGCCCUCGAUAGGCUGAUGAGAUAUCUUAAAGGUACUAAAUAUUAUGCUUUACAUUGCUCUGGUUAUCCUUCAAUUGUGGAUGGAUAUUCUAAUACGUCAUGGUCUUCAGAAAUGAGAAAUAGUAAGUUCACCAGUGGAUAUGUAUUCACUUUGGGUGGAGCUACUAUUGCUUGA